GUUCUCAAGGAAACAAAUAAUACAAUCAAUUUCUAUUUACACUCUUUGCCCUAUCAGUGGACAUAAGUUGUGCUGUACAGUAAUAGCUAACUUAUUCCGUGAGCACGUGCUUACUUGAUUGAUUCGGUGUUUGCCUCGGUGAUUGAUUCUGCAUUGAUUCUGUAAUUAUCUUGAUAUCCAUGAUAUUUCCUUAGACAGUUCAACCCUUGACCGGACCUCUGAUCAUCAAUAUAUUCCCACGCCUCUACGGUUAUAGUUUGCAGCAACCCAAGGAACUUCCUUAAUUUCUAGUGGUCAUGUCUCUUGCCGGUCGCAAUUAUUAUGCCGAUCAAGCCCACAACCCCCUCGUACCGCCAGCCUACGGCGGUGGCCCAGACAACGGCCGUUUCUUCAACGUCGUUUGUGUCAGGAACGAAAGGAAACAAAAAGCAGGUAAUUUCAAUAAUCCUGCACCAAAUUUCCCCCUGCAGGGAUAUUCCCCCCAGCUAGCUGCCGCUGUCCCCAAUCCACCGCAGCCGGUAUCCCCGUAUGAGCAGCUCAAAAGUCAUUUCAAGAAAUACGACGCCAACGGCGACGGCCGCCUUAGUGAACACGAGCUCCGCAGGGCGUUCGCCUCCUUGGGUUCGCGGUUUCCUCUGGUUCGAGUGUGGAGCGCAAUGGAAGAAGCUGAUAAGGAUGGAGAUGGAUACAUAGGUCCGAACGAGUGGGACGCCCUCAUUCGAUACACCAUGUCGUGGUUGGACAGAAAGAUAUGAUCUAGUGUGGCAUAUGAUCGAACAGUUGAUCUGUAAUAAGAAAUUAAUGGGGUUGUAGCUCUCUGUAAGAAUGAUAGCUCCUCAUGAGUCAUGGCUUCUGUAUGGCUUAGGUACUCAGUGUCUCAAUUUUUAGGGUUAAUCAGUCUUUGGGUGUGACUGGCUAAUGUAAUAACGUCUUUUCUUUUGUUCUCUCUCUCUCUCUCUUCAAUUUAGUGUGCUUGAUUGUAACAACUAUUACAAAUAUAAGACGUUUAUUAAU